AUGUGGAAAUCUCGAGCAAACCAAAAACUCCGACUUUCCUGGUCCAACUACAGUCGUCGUCACUUGUCGCUUGUUUCGUACAAUAACAGAAACAUCGUGGUUGCUCUCAGUGACUUGGAGUCGCCGGUGACCUUCAAUAAUGUGUUCUUGAGAGACGCAUGCGAUUCCCCGGAAUCUGUGGACAUUUCCACGAGACAAAAACUGUUCACCACUGCUCAUAUUGGCCGCCAGUUGAGUAUUGUAGGCGAACCUAAAGUGGUUGAAGAUGAGGGAGAAAAGGCACUUGAAGUGGUGUGGAAACAUCACGAUGGAUCCACUCGUACAUCCAAGUACUUGGAGAGCUUCUUGAAGAAGAGCUCUACGUUGAACUCCCGCAUGAAAGGGAAAUUUUUCUUUGAUGAAAAGGAGCUCUGGACCCUAAAGGAGAUUGGGGCCUCCCUCGACUCGCUCCAUGUGGAUUACCAGCAAUAUCUUGCUCAAGAACCAGUAUUCAAACAAGUGGUGAAUAAUCUUAACCGGUUUGGAAUCUCGUUCAUUAAUAACAUUGAGGAUCCAUUGGAGAAUCCAGAAACUCAGGUGUUGACCGCAGAUAAUAGUCCCCAGUGGCCUGUUGCUAAGAUGGCGUGCAGAUUUGGUUAUGUGAAGCCAACUUUCUAUGGUCAGUUGUUCGAUGUCAAGAACGAGAAAAACGCCAAAAACAUCGCCAACACGAACGUGUUUUUACCAUUGCAUAUGGAUUUGUGCUACUAUGAGUCUCCUCCAGGACUCCAGCUUUUGCACUUUAUCCAAAAUUCCACUUUAGGUGGAGAGAACGUGUUCAGCGACUCGUUUGCUGCUGCCAAGUAUGUCUACAACACUGACAGAGAAGCAUAUGAGGCAUUGAAGCAAGUUCCACUCACGUUUCAUUACGACAACAAUGGUGAGUACUACUAUUACAUGCGACCAUUGAUUGUCGAAGACAACUACAUGAACAAGGUGGAUGGUGCACCACAUAUUAAAGAGGUGAACUACUCACCACCUUUCCAGGGUCCAUUGGAGCUCACUGUAAAUGAUGAAGACCCGCAAUUAUUCGAUGAUUUCAUGAGAGGAAUGGUGAUGUUCGAGGACUUUGUGAAUGAUCCAAAGAACCAAUACAUUCAGAAAACGCCAGAGAACAGCUGUGUGGUGUUCGAUAACAGAAGAGUGCUCCACUCCAGAUUAGAAUUUUCCGAUUCGAACGGGGGAGACAGAUGGUUGAUGGGAUGCUACGUGGAUGGAGACGCAUACCGGUCCAAACUACGGACACUCAACCGUGCCAAAAAGUAA